AUGUCUUCUAGUCAGCAGCAACAUCAACCACCACCACCACUAAAGAGGAUAAAAACCCUUACUAAUAGGGAAAGGGAGCAGAAGUUAAGAAAAACUGGUGUCCAACCAAAUGAUAAGCAGAAUUUUGUAGAAAAGCCAAAAAUUGCAAAAGAAAAAGGGCAGAAUUUGAAGAAAAGUAAAGUACAGAUGGAAGCAAGUAUGACUCACUCACAAGGAUCAACAUGUAGACAAGAAAAAGAACUUCCUUCUAAAUCUACUGCUGUGGCUCACAAGAUUACUAAAGAAGUAGAUUCUAGAAUGACUCAAGAUUUGAUGAGAAAAGAGACCACAAAUGAAGAUGAUAUUGAAGAGUGUGGCAGCUUGCAAGAAAGGCCAACUAAGAAGGGAAAAACACGUCAAUUUGCUUCAAUGCCGAUUGAUACUUUUCUUCAACUUAACAAUGAACCUGAUGGUGAAGAGCAAUUGGAUGAGAAUGAAGGAGAUAUUAUAGAGGAGCAGGACAAGGAUUAUAUUAAUCCAACUGAGGCUGAGAACAUAGACAAUACUUUGAAAGAGACAACAGUGAAGAAAACACGAGGUCCUACACAAUGCUUGAAGAUUCAUGCAAGACAGAUGGAAGAUAGAGAAGAAAUUACUCUAGAUAAUGAAGGAGAGGCAAUUGGUUCUACUGAUGAAGCUGUAAAUAACUUGAGCAAAUUUUUGGGCACAGUGGCAAGGAAUUCAGAUUUUUGUCCAUUAAUUUACGCAAAUUGGAAGGGGAUUAAAGAUAAAGAAGCCAUUUGGGAAUAUGUUCAAGCUAAGUUCAUUAUUCCAACUGAAGGAAAGAGGAUAGUCCUUGCUCGUAUCAAUGACAACUGGAGACGGUAUAAGACCACAACCAAGCAAAAUCAUUUUCUGCCACACAAAUGUGUUAAUGAAAUGCUGAAAAAUCGUCCUAAAAGCAUACCUGAGAGUCAUUUUCGUAAGUUGAUUGCUUAUUGGAGAACUGAGAAAGUUAAGAAAAUGUCUGCGCAGAAUAAGAAAAAUAGGGCACAACAGAAAUUUAGCCAUCGAAAGGGACCAAUAAAUUUUGCAAAAAUACGUGCAAGAUUGGUACAACUUUUUAUUCUUUGUGCAUUUGUAUGUGUAUGUGGGGUGCAAGAAUACGUGCAUUUUUAA